UAAACAAGACCAAUAAACAGAGGGAAGAGAAGGGUUUCCUGUCUUCCAUCUGCUUCUCUUAUAUCUACCAGACGAAAUUGAUCACCUUUCUUUCACAGCCCUUCAUACCCAAAUAAAAGCCAGAACCAAGUUGGUUGUUAAACUGUCAAUCGUAUCAAUCAAUCAACCAGAAACCAAUCAUCAAUCAAUUUGUAGAAGAGUUAAAAAAGGAAGCAUUAAAACCAUGUCCUCCUCUUCUACGUUGUCUUUGGACCAACUCUCUCCCUCCGAGCAGCUCUGUUAUGUCCAUUGCAACAUUUGUGACACCGGUCUCGCGGUGAGUGUUCCUUGCACAACUCUAUUCAAAACUAUUACUGUGCGAUGCGGUCACUGCGCCAAUCUCCUUCCAGUGAACAUGCGUGGGUCGAUUUUGCCAUCUGCUAAUCCAUUUCACAUGGGUCACAAUUUCUUCUCUCCUCACAAUCUUCUGGGUGAGAUUCCGAACCCAUCUUCAAACUUCUUGAUCAAUCAAAUCAAUGUGAAUGAUCUUAGCGUUCCAAAUCGAGGAGUGAUUCAUGAUGAGCUUCCAAGCCCACCAGUUAUCAACAGACCCCCGGAGAAGAGACAGAGAGUUCCCUCAGCGUACAAUCGCUUCAUCAAGGACGAAAUCCAACGCAUCAAGGCUGGAAAUCCUGAUAUAAGCCACAGAGAAGCCUUUAGCGCAGCUGCUAAGAAUUGGGCCCACUUUCCCCACAUUCAGUUUGGUCUCAUGGCAGAUCAGACAGUGAAGAAGACUAACAUGGGCCAACAGGAAGGAGAAGACGUUAUGAUGAACGAUGGGUUCUUUGGUUCAGCAAAUGUUGGUGUCUCUCCAUACUAAUUAAGAAGCAGUGGAGAUGUUAGUUUUCUUCAUCUCCCUCUCUCUCUAAAUAUCUGGUGCUUUGUAAUUUAAUUCUGCUCUUAGUAGGGGCAGAAAGAUUUGAAGCUCAACAAAGAUGUCAAGUUAAACAAACUCUAGUCCACUUUCACAACCCAUGUACCGCUAAUAAUGUCCUUUAAUGUGGACAUUUGAUCUUAUCCUAGACCCAUAUGUUCCUAGAUAUCUACUUGGAAGACAUAAUGUAUUCUCUGCGUUCCAACAUUAAAUAUAUUUUCAACCAUAUUAUUAUUAUAAUUAUCAUCUGUAAUUUUUCUUUCAA